AUGCUUAUUUGCACUGAGCACUUGGAACAAUUGCAAAACUGGACAUUAGACCAAAGAAUUAAAACUCGUCUAGAAGAUACUGGUUUUCCACGUUUAAGCGAACUUGGAAAAUGUCAACAUGAUAACCAGCUUCUGGAAUAUGUGGUAUCCCAUUUUAAUCCCAACACAUGUGGAUUUGAAUUUGGUGAUACAAAAUUAGUUUUUAGCUUGAAAGAUGUGCUCAAAAUUACAGGCUUGCACAUUACAGGCAAGCCUGUCACUGGGAUUGAUGAUGACAUGAUUUUUUGGUCCAACAAAUAUUUUGGACAAGAUUUGAACUUUAAAAAACAAGGUUCGUCCUUAUUCAAAAGUUCUUCUAAGGGUGAUGCUGAUACUCUCUAUCUUCCACUGCUUUAUAAUGUUGGAGAAAUAAAAGAUUAUGCCUGGGGUGCUGCAGCUCUUGCACACCUAUACUGUUCUAUGAAAAAUAUUAAAGAAAAGGGUAUAAAGCAUCUGCACGGGAUUGCAUUGUCCCUGCAGGUCUUUAUAUUCCUACGUCUGAAAAACAUCAAGGACUUACGCAAGUUACCGAGUUUGAAUGUCGCAAAUGAACAACUUCCGUUGAUCGGUGAUUGGUCACGUCAUUUAGAACAAUUUACCUUGAACAAAAGUAAAAAGGUAGAUUAUUUGGAUUUAAUUAACAAAAUAACUGCUAAAGAGGUUAACUACAAUCCAUAUGAUGAUAUUCAAUUUCCGGACAAGGAAGAAUAUUCAACUUUCGAGUUGGAAAAAAGAGUUUGUUGUAAAUCAACCUUACAACAAACUUAUCUCAUCAACUUUAAUGAGGUUGCAUUUUUUCAACCGCAUAAGUUUAAAAAACAAUAUUCUAAUGCAUGUGUCGGGGAUAAACAUUACAAACACAAAUGGAAAUUGUACCCAAGAGGUGGUCGAAAGGGGAAAGAUUGGCAAGAGAGGAAAAAUUAUAGAAAAUAUAUCAAUCAUUGGAACAUAAGUUGUUUAGCUAAAAGACCACAACUUGAAAGAGGACAAGAUUUUGUAAUGAGUGAUUGUAUUGAAGAUGCAGGAGAUAACAAUGAAGACGGGGAAGAAACAAAGAUCAAGGAGACACUAGGCAAGUGGAAGCAACAUGUACCCAUUCUUGUUUAG